UUUAAAGUCUUGUAUCGAGUUUACAGAUUUGUUUUUAAAGCCCUUUAAGUUAAUUAGAAAAUUGUCUUGCCGUUCUUUCGAGUUAUAAAGUGAUGGAAGACCGUGACGUUAACUAUUUUCGCCAACUUCUUCAAAAUGAAAAGCAAUUCCUGCUUCAGUUAGGCCAAAAUUGGCAGAAUAUUCUUGAUUCCAACACAGAAAUUAGCGAAGAAAUUUCUGGACAAAUAAGAACUUCUAUAGGACAGACUCAUCUUUUAAUAAAUCAACGUUUUAAACAGUUUUCUAGUCUUAUUGACGAUUGUGAAUUUCGUAAAGGUCAUAAAGAAACAACUUGUAAUGAUCUUCAAGGUUUCUGGGAUAUGAUUUAUUAUCAAGUAAUGGACAUUCAUGAAAAAUUUCAAAAAUUGGAAGUUUUGAAGAAUAACAAUUGGAAAACUCUAGAAUCUGAAGAAACAGAUAAGAACAAAAAGAAGUCAGUUUGUGAAAAUAAAAUUAAAAGGAAAGCUCUUCAGUCUUCCGCUCUAAAAAAUCACAUUCAGGAAGCUCGCAAAAGAAUGAAUCAGUCUUCAAAAGUUUGUCCUGUAACAUCAUUUAAUUCUCAGGAUAAGGAAAAUAUAAAUUAUUUCUCAUUAGCACCAGAAAAUGGAGCUAUUGAAAAUAAUACUUAAAAUUAUUUUAUACAGAAAUUUUUGAAUUUUCAUCAGUAUUUAAAAAAUAUAUCAUCAUGCACAUAUUUCAAAAUAUUAUCAAGCUCAAAGUUAAUCUCUGAAAUUUUAUUCUGUGAUUUCCGUAAAAUUUGUAAAAAAAAAUAAAUAAAUAAAAACCGAAAAUGUAAGAAUUUUGUCAAACAAUAUUAUAGUAGUUUAAAACUAGUCUAAAAGACAAAAAAAACAACCAAAGAAUUUUAUGUAAUAAAAUGUUCUUCUACAUUGUAUUAAAUCAACGUGUAACUUUAUUUUCAAUAUUUUAAAAAUUUCUUUAUUUAAAUAAAAUAUUUUUGUAUGCAUUAUAAAAAUUUAUAUUAACUAGAAUAAACUACGUUCAAAAUAAAGGAUUUGUUUUAUUUAAAAA